GAAGGGGGGCAAACAAAUUGGCACUAGGGUCCGGGAGGGAUUUGGUUACCACAGUCUGAGGACAGAGAAAGUUUGGGAGGACGGGUGACCCAGAUUCUAUACAGCUAUGCAGUUUCAGAAGUGGUUACGUUCCCUUGGCUUCAGUGGAGGAGACGGGAAGUCUGAAUUGGACAAUAUGAAGACCCUCCUCCCCUCUCUACCCUCAUCCUUCUCUCUGUCCUCUCUUUCCCUCUCUUCAUCCUCUCUCAUAGGAUUAGGAGCACUAGCCUCUCUCACAACCUAUUGGCUGGUGACCCGACCUCGACCAAUCCAGCCUCCCUGUGACCUGCAGGCCCAAUCCAUACCUCUACAGGGAGACCACAGCUGUAGGCGAUCAGCCUUACUAAAGGAUGACAAUCUACUGGAGUUUUACUAUGAGGACACAAAGACAUCUUACGACAUGUUCCAGAGAGGACUCAGAAUAGCAGGAGAUGGGCCGUGUCUUGGAUUUAGGAAACCAGGAGAGCCCUAUCAGUGGAUCUCCUACACUGAGGUAGCAGGAAGGGCUCAGGUGUUGGGAUCAGGUUUGCUGGCAAAGGGUUGCAAACCAAACCCACAGCAGUUUGUGGGUAUAUUUGCCCAGAACAGACCGGAGUGGGUCAUUGCAGAGCUGGCCUGCUACACAUUCUCUAUGGCAGUGGUGCCUCUGUAUGAUACACUGGGAUUAGAGGCCAUAGUUCAUAUCCUUAAUCUGGCGGAGAUCUCUUUGGUGAUCUGUGAUAAGGAGGACAAGGCAGAAUCUCUGUUAAAGAAUAAGGAGAAAGGAGUGACUCCCACCCUCUCCUGUCUGGUGCUCUUUAACCCUUUCAGCGCUGCUCUGCUGGAGAGAGGGAGGAAGUGCGGUGUGGAGAUACUGCAACUCUCACAGAUCAUGGAUCUGGGACGAGAGAAUAUACAGUUACCUGUGCCUCCUCAGCCCCAGGAUUUGGCAGUUGUGUGUUUCACUAGUGGAACCACAGGAAAGCCAAAAGGAGCCAUGAUCACUCACGGCAACAUCGCCUCCAACACCUCCUCUGUCAUCAAGAUCCUGGAGGGCUUCUUUGUGAUUCGUCAAGAGGACGUGUCAAUUUCCUACCUGCCACUUGCCCACAUGUUUGAGCGCAUGAUCCAGGUGUCAAUGUUUUGUCAUGGAGCAAGUGUUGGUUUUUACCAGGGUGACAUCUCUCUGCUGAUGGAUGACAUAAAGACCUUGAAGCCCACCUUCUUCCCUGCGGUCCCUCGAUUACUCAACCGCAUCUAUGAUAAAAUUCUGGGUUCUGUGACGUCUCCAUUGAGAAGAGCCAUUCUUCAUUACGCUGUGAGGAGGAAACAGGCGGAGCUGAGCAGUGGAGUCGUGAGGAACAACAGUCUGUGGGACAGACUCGUCUUCAAUAAGAUACAGGCCAGUCUGGGUGGAAACCUGCGUUUCAUUCUCACUGCAUCUGCACCAAUCUCUCCAACAGUUCUGUCAUUCCUCAGGGCCACUCUUGGCUGUCUGAUUUUUGAGGGUUAUGGGCAGACAGAGUGCACAGCUGGCUGUACCUUUUCAAUGCCUGGGGACUGGAGUGCAGGUCAUGUAGGAGCUCCUUUACCCUGUGCCAUGGUGAAGCUCACUGACAUCCCUGAAAUGAACUACUGUGCCAAGAAUGGAGAGGGAGAGAUCUGUAUCUGGGGUCACAGUGUCUUCCGAGGGUAUCUAAAGGAUGAGGAGAGGACAGGAGAAGCUCUGGACACUGAUGGCUGGCUGCACACUGGAGACGUGGGACAAUGGCUGCCGAAUGGGACUUUACGCAUUAUAGACCGAAAAAAGCACAUCUUCAAGCUUUCUCAGGGAGAGUACAUUGCUCCCGAGAAGAUAGAAAACGUCUACACUCGCUGUUUUCCAGUUUUGCAGGUCUUUGUGCAUGGAGAUAGUCUACAAUCAUAUCUGAUAGGAAUAGUAGUUCCGGAUCCUGAGGUGUUUGUCGACUGGGCCAAAGAGAGAGGGAUAGUAGGAUCAUAUGAAGAGCUCUGUCAAAAUCCUGAUGUGAAGAAAGCCGUGCUGGAGGACAUGACAGCAGUGGGGAAGGAAGCAGGAUUGAAGUCCUUCGAACAGGUGAAGGACUUAUAUUUGCACCCUGAAAUGUUUAGCGUGUCUAAUGGCCUCCUCACACCAACUCUGAAGAGCAAACGAGUUGAUCUACGAAGAGUGUUCAGUGAGCAGAUCACACAGAUGUACAGUAAAUCAUCUAUAUAGAGAUCUCUUCCCUCCAAAACACUCUAACACACACACACUACACAUCUGAUUUCUGCUGUCACGCAAGUUCUUUUAAAAAACAUUUUAUGCAUUUUGCGAAAACUUGCUAAACAAAAAAUAUGCUGCUGAAAGGAAACUAUUUUUUGAUAAUUUAUAUUACUGUAUGUAUUGGCUUGUGGGAAUAAAUAAUCAGCAAACACCGCUAUAUAAUGCAUAUGUAACUAGGUUUAACCGAACAAGGAUGUCAACAGUCCUAACUCGAUAUUUUUCAUUUUCUUGUCAAGUAAGCUAAUUUCUGUUUACAAAAUAUGAACUUGUCGCCGCUUUAGGUCAUUUUAACCAGUUUCCAUAGUUUGAACUGAGGUCAUAAAGGCCUGAUUCAAUCUAAUAGUUAUUAUCAUCAUGAGCAAUGAUGUUGCACCUCUAAAGAACAAUCUGUGUGAAAUUUUGUUCAUCUUAAUUUCAUUUGUUUUGUUGAAUUAUUGCAUGUAGUGUGGAUUGUAUCCCUCACUGUAUGUAAUGCACAACAGUCUAUCUGUAAAUGAGCAUUUUGAACUAAAUACUUGACUAAUUCCAACUCAAAAAGAGUCUCACUGUAUUUUACUGUCUUUUAUUGAUGGGGGAAAAAGAUAAUGUAUUAUUAAAAAUUCUUUUCCAUCUUAAUAUCACAUAAUAGUGUGGUCAUGGACUGGUAAUCUACGUUGCUUGCACAAAAGUUACUGGUUUAGUCCCAAGCAGAGAUGAACUGGAUGUACUGAGAUCAUAGUAUUCACAUGUCGUUAUACCCCAGAUUGCUCCAGUGCACCUGCAAUUAGUGUAAUAGGAAUCACUUUGGAUACAAAACAUCUAAAUUAUAUGAUACAUGGUACAUUAACUAUAGUGAUAGUUGCUUUUCCAGCAUCAGGCAGAACGGUUCUCUUUGCUCAACUGUGCCGUUCCAUACCAAUCCAGGCUAGUUGGCAUGGUUACAGUUCCUUUUUCCACUGUGGUGUUGCAAAAUCAGGAUUAAGCCCCAGUCACACUACACUUUACGCUCCAUUCACUCCCAUUCAAAUGCAACCAUAAUGAGGCAGUCACACUAGACUUUGAGCAUGCUAAGAUGUUUUUUUGAAGGCCUAUGAAGUUGGGAAGGUCAUUCCAUCAUCAAGGUACAGUGAAGUCGUAAGUCAGAGAAAGUGAGUUGGUGCCUCUUUAUGUUGAUACCACAAGGCUCCACUUAUUUGCAGACCAUAGCCUUCUGGUGGGAACGUAGCUCUGUAGGAAUGAUUGUAGGUAAUCAGAACCAGUGUAUGCCAACAUCAAAGCCUUGAACUUGAUACGUGCAGCAACCGGCAGCCAGUGUAGAGACAAGGAGGGGUGUAGAAUGCACUCUUGGGUUCGUUGAAGACCAGACAUGCUGCGCAUUUUGGAUCAUUUGCAGAGGCCUAAUUGCGCAUGCAAGGAGGCGGGCUAAAAGUGCAUUGCAGUAGUCCAGUCUAGAGAUGACAAGAGACUGAAAAAGGAGUUGUGUGGCAUGUUCAGAGAGGAAGGCUCUUCCUCAUUUUGUAGAGUGCAAAUCUACAUGAUCAGGCUGUUUUUUGUGAUGUGGUCAGAGAAAUUGAGUUGGUUGUCGAUGGUUACCUCUAGAUUUCUGGCUGUUUUGGAUGGUGUUAUUGUAGAUUAACCCAGCUGAAUGCUGAUUUUGUGCUCAACAGCAGGGUUGGCUAGAAAUAUGAGGAGCUCGGUCUUCACCAACUUGAGUUGAAGUUGGUGUUCCUUCAUCCAGGCAGAGAUGUCUCAUAGUG